UUUGUGAAAUUGCUUUUUUUCAGUGAAUGCAAAUUUUAAAUAAAUACAUAAAUUUGGAAAAAUUUUAAGAGGAAUAUUUUAAAUUCACACGUCCUCCAUACUUAUAUACUUCAAGUGGGUUUUAGGGAUUGCCUUUUUUUAUUGUUCUAACUUAUGAUUUGACGGAAGGGAUUCCCUACUUUGAUCCUUGAAGAAUACACACAGCGUCAAUGUGAAAAGGAGAAAUAUAAACAAAAAUUUUAAAUAACGUCCUUGACAAGAAAAUGGAAAGCAUCGAAAUGCUGAAAGCACUUUACGACUUCCAGGCGGUCUAUCCCAAAACGAUAAGCUUCGAUGAAGGUGAAUACUUCAUACUGUACCAAACCUCAGCGCGGCAACGAAACUGGUGGCAAGUGGUUAGCAUGAAAGGCAAUAUUGGUUUUGUGCCAUCUAAUUACGUAAUGAAGAUUAAGGUGGAACCAGAUUUUCUCAUUAGUUUUCUAAACUCUUCAAUUGAGUCGCUUGAAAAGUCUACCGAAAGUGAGAUAAAUGGAAUAAUGCCAAAGGAGGAGCUAUUAGAGCGGCUGCGUGAGAAGAAAAUGUCCAUGGAAAAGCUGUAUUUGGACUACUCGGAGCGAGAUUGCGACUCUUCCUUGUCAUUUUCACAAAGUAUUAGUGAGAAAAACUACUCCAAAUCGCAAAGUAAUCGCGCCACUUCCGCGUCGGCUCAGCAAACACCACGCAGUCCACAAAGUCCACCACGAUCCAAUCGUUUGGACGGUAAUAAAAAAUCGAUGUCUAGCCCCGCUGUUGGUGUUGUAAUGCCACAAAUUAUGCAAGAAUCCACUAGCAUGGGCACCAUGCAGAUACAGACGCAACAAUCACAACUACAACAGCUGCAACAGCAACAGCAACAGCAACAACCACAACAACAACAAGCACAGUCUAGCAAUAAAGCCAGUGAUAUAACACAAGAUAACAGUAUCACAUCGGAGCCUUCGGAGACUACAACAACAACAACGACAACCAGUGAAGAUGUGGUGACCACAUUUAAAGAAUCUAGUCAGAAUCAGAAUUGUACCAAACACAAUGGCAGCGAGCGAAAGUCUGAUACAGGCGAUGGUAAUAGUCGCAAUGGUGGUAAUGGCGGUAAUAGCUAUAAUGGUGCUGGCACCACUGGAAAUGGUGUAGCUGGUGGCACGAAUACCCUUACAGAUACCAGUGAACAUUUCAAUGAUGAAAAAUUUGCCGAAAAAUCGGAGGGUAGUGAACCGCCUAGUGAUGGCCGUGAUGUCGCUACAUUGGCUAACGAUGGACGUGGUGACUUUACCAAUAGCGUUGAGAAUAGUCAAGCAUUGGAUAGUGAAGAAAUCGCACUGCAGCAGGAAUUGCAAAUAGCCACUUCUGUUACAUCGACAGUUACAACAAAUGCUGUUAUGUACGGAGCGACACGGAAUAAUUUAAAAGUUGAAUCAUCGGAUGUUUAUCAAAUUGUUGAUAUAAUAAGACGUAAUACGAAUUUGAGUUUCGAUUUGUCAUGCGAAGCAUUACGUGUGGUCUUAACUAGUCUAGAGCAAUUGUAUAACGGUGCCAUAAAUCCAUACCUAGAGGCAGUAGCGAUACAUGUAACCGAUAAAGUGGAGACACCCAAAGCUUUAUUGGGCAUGACACACGACUCGAAACGCCUGCAAUAUAUAUUUUCACAAUUGGCUGAUUGCAAAAACGACACUGAACAACGUUCAUGGAUGUUGUACGAGGAUGAAGAUGAUAUUAUACAGUUUCUCGAGGAACUAGUCGAAAUAUUGAACAAUGCUGAUGAAAAUAUUAGUUGUUAUGAAAUGUCUUGCGAUCAAUAUCAGGUGCUAAUCAAUCUCGUACAGUAUUAUCAAAUGGAAACCCGUUGGGCCAUUAAACAACUUUUGCUGAAGACUUUUACCGCUGCUUGCCAUUUAGACCAUAUUAUAGUUGAUAUUUUACUCACUUCUGUAUUGCCAUUGGAAAUCGUAGAAGACAUGAAAACCAAUUUUGCCAAUUUAGAUAAAUUUAAGAAACUUGUCAAAAUGUUAACAAUAAUAUUUUCGUUGGGUCAACCUAUGCCAGUAAAUCAUCAAGACUAUCUCGGGGUACAUUUUGCGAGUUUUCUUUUAGAAAUCGUUGAGGGCAAUAAUCCUGAAAGCCUUGUUGAUAUGGUUAUAUCCCUGAUAUUAGCAUUUAAUCUACAAUUUACGGACUUCUCACAGAAUGUUGUUGUCGAGGCUAUGCAAAGCUUACCGAGUGCGAAAAUUUUUACUGAGAAAAUUCUAUUACUAUUAAAUAGAGAAGAGGAUCCAAUUAAGUUGUUAAAACACUCUACGGAGACUAUGAAUUCAGUGCUAAAAAUGUUUAUCGACAUCUUUAGCAAUCCAGAUACUGCUGGCAUGUUUUAUACAAACGAUAACAAAGUGCUCAUUGACAUACUAGUGCGACAAUUGUCCGAUUUAUGUGCUGGUAAUCCGUUACGUCGCUGUUACUUGGAGCUAUGCCGACGCAUUUUACGCAAUACCAAUUACACUGAACAUCAGCAUCGUAAGCAGGACUUUAUGAAAAUAUUUACACGUAUAUUUUGUGAAGAGACAGAAUGUAGCGCAUCGGACCAACAGUUAGUGCGGGAGAUUGCUAACGAAUUUCCACAACUAUUCAAGGCUUAAAAGAUAUUUAUGGUAUUGGCGAAAAACGCCAUUUUGAUGAUGACUGAGGUAGUAGUAAAUUCAACAUGUGUAUGUAUAUACACGUAGAUGCAUACAUGUGUGUAUGUAUUGGCUUUUUAUUUGUGAUUUGUGAUUUGUAAAAUUUUUUUUUAUUGUUUUAUUAUAUGUGUUUUUAGUGAUUGUUUA